AACAUGAAAUAGCAAUUGCCUUGCAAGGAGAGAAUACAUUGAGGAACCUUUUCUACGAAAAGCAUCAGUUGGUGAAAUUACAAAUGGAAUCUACAACAUAUCAUUCCGAAAAAGCAGGAACAAAGAAAGAAAACAGUAGAAAACAGAUUGGUUUGACCUCAGAAAUAUUAUCAACAUCUUGCAGAAGCCGAAAUAAAUCUCUAAAGCAGAAUACAAUAAUAAAGGCAUCCUUUGUACUGCUGAAAAACAUUAACCGUGGAAGGAAAGAAAAGCAUGAUUAUUAUUUAACGGCUCCACGUGGAAAGCAGUUGGCACCACCAACACAGCACAAGAAGUUUCCAGCUUUUAGAAAACUGCAAGUCGCACUGUAUGACAUAUUGGAUAAAAAUUGUGUUCCCACGCUAAAGAAGUCCUUUCAAAUUUCAAAUGUUGGAGCAUUGGUAGAAAAGGAAAAAAAGGACACAACAGAGGGAGGCACCACAGAGGUAGAUAACUCUAUGGAAGUAGGGGAAUUUUCUGGAGAAUUGGACCCUGGGCAAACAAAUUCAGAUUGUGACCUUAGAAAAUCUGGAAAUGGAGCCAAAUCUUCCAAAUUUUUGGCCUUGAGUGAUCAGAGUUUGUUUGCAACAUUAUCUGUUAUCGAACCAAACCAUGGAAAUGCAGUAAUGGGUCCUUGUCAUGCCCAAACAGAUGAAGAAAGGAAAAUAAACUUUCAAAAGGCUUCUCUUCUGAUUUUUGACGCAGAAAAAAUGAAUACUAAAUGUCUUGAAACAAUUGAAAAAUGUAUGGAAUCUGGAAGCCAUGUGGUUAAAGAAACAGAGAAGGAAAGUGCCUAUUAUGAAUCAGAAGAUGAUCAAGAUGUGGAAAUAAUGCUCUCAAGAGGUUCAAGUGAAACUACUAUUAGUGAUGUAACCCAACCCUGCAGCCUACAUUCCAUCUCUAUCUCUGAUAAAGGAGCUUUGCAGAGUAAGGAAAUGAUCCCUGCCUUUAGCAGGGACACCUUCUCCAAAACAUCAAUUAGCAGAAUGAUCUUGACUGAUAAAAAAUCUCCUGAAGGAGACAGAUGCCAGGUAUCUGAACGUCUCUCAUCAUUUUCAGAAAUCAAUCUUAAAUUAGACCUACAGACUCUAAUGUUGAACAAGAGUGAAAUUAAGCUGCCAAUAAAGGAAAUGAAGGGUCUCAGUCUGAACACAUUAACUGAAAAGGUCCGUGAAGAUCAAAUGACCCUGGAAGAGGAGGAAGGUAAUACCAGGAAUAGCAGUAAAAAUACAGAGAGAUUUUGGUUCCUGCUAAAAAACAAUGAAAUUCGAUACGAUAACGCUCCGGUGUGUGUAGCUGAUGAAAAAAUGGCUGGAGAUUUGGUAUGUGGAGAUGAUGGCCUUUCAGAUCACAGUGCUGAAUGUUUACUAUCAGAUGGGAAUUUAGCAAAUCAGACAUAUCCAGAUGAAAAUGAUGGAGCCUUCAUACACACUGAGAUAAAAAAAGCAACAAUGUCAGUUGAAGACCAGGAAGUCAGUUUCUUCAAUGAUGAAAAAGAAAAUAUGGAUUGUCUGCCAGCAGAAGAAAACAUUUCUGUGGAAGAAGAAGAAAACUUUCCGCUGUGUCAGUCUCAGAGUGUAAAAAUGGUCUUUUAUGAACUGUUUGGGUCAUUAGUGAAACUUCUUGGAAGCCCCAGCGUUAAUCAGAAAAAGUCCAGAUUGGGAAGACUUACCGAACUGGAGGAUUCUUCAGAUGCUGAGAAACGUGAAGGCAGUGACACCAAGAGCUCUUCAAAGAGAAAAAAAGAAGAUAGACUCUGUUUAGCAAACAGAGCCAUGCGCUUAGACUGCAGAACAAAAGAGAAGACAACACCAAAAAAGAUGUCCAAACCAAUAUCUAGGUUUUGGCUCUCUGAAGAGCAAAGUCGCAUUAAAGUUGUGGAAGCCUUGACAGAAACCCUCCAGAAAAGACUGAAUGAUUCCCUUGACAUGGAUGUGCAGAAAAAUAUAGCAUCGAAAAUAGCAAAGAAAGUGGAGACAGAGAUAUUCAGACAUUUUGGCCGUGUGGAUCGGCUUUAUAAAAACAAGUAUCGCAGUCUGCUCUUCAAUCUGAAAUCAACAGACAACCAGCUCUUCCACAAGUUGAUGCUUGGAAAAAUCACCCCAAGGAGACUAGUUCAGAUGAACUCUUUAGAGAUGGCCUCCAAGGAACUAGCAGAGUGGAGAGCCAAUAAGUACAAACAUGAACUGGAGAUGAUUGAGAAAGAGGAGCGAGAGGUGCCAAGAUGUUGCUCUGAAAAGUUCACCCACAAAGGAAUUGUAGAGAUCUACAGAGAAGCAGAUAUAGAUGUGGCAUCUGAAGAAUUAAUUGAAUCAUCGCUACUCGAGGUGCCAUCAUUAGAUGGGAACAACCAAAUAAGACAGUUGGCUGCUGACAAUGAGCGGCUGUUUGAGCCGGCCACCUAUAAAUUUACUUUUCAGCAGGAGGCAAAUCCCUCUCAGAUUUUGCAUCAAAACAUCACAUGCUCCGAGAUUGACAAGAGACCUCAGGAUGAGGGCAGGUCUGCCUUUGUUAGCACUGCAAACCGUAAUCGACCCGCGGCAAAGCAGUCCAGCUACUCAGUCAUCUGGAAUGGGCUUAUCCAGACGUUCAGUGUGAAGCAGUUUGUAGCCAAAGCAUAUCCUGUUUCUGGUUUUGGUCCUCGUCUCUGUCAGGCUUUACCAACAGUUCUUCGGUCAGAGGGAUGUAUUCUCCCCAAGAAUGUCUGGGCUUAUGUAGACAGCAUAUGGCCAACAAAGAGGGAGGAAAUGGGGGUGAUACGAUUUCGCCCCAGUUUAUCCAGAGAUUUCAAUUCUUACCACACUUUGUAUACCUACCUGAACAACAGACAGAGAUAUGGCAUUGUGGAAAGCAGCCUGAUGGAGAUAUUCCUGGUGCCAUUACCAGCCUACCAAUUGGUGCCUUCCCAGUUCCACCCAGUAGGUGGACCAGGACUUGAUCAACGCCACCCAGCUUUGCUGCUAGGGCUGAUCCUGCCCAAAAGGACUAGUCCGGACAUUCUGAAGACAAGUCAUGAUCUUCCACCUAAAGCCAAGAGAAAGAGGGUCACUUCUAAGGUCAGCCUGGAAAACAGCCGCUUCACUGUCCCUUCACAUUUACAGGCAGAUGUUGGUCAGGAACAGACCCCGCAGCCUCUGUGCACAGGGGAGCUUUCCUCAAGCUUUCCAGAGCAAGAGGAGCUGACAGUUGAUGGUCUUCUCGGUCUCAUAGAACAGCUCAAAAGAGACAUACUGUGUAGAGUGCCUUCCGCUUCUUGCCCCCAAGAUGCAAGAGAUGAAGUCCAUCAAACUCCUUUGGGCGAUACUUUCCAUUCAACAGCAGAUUCUGCUUCAACUGGAGAACAAUUGGGCAAUUUAACCCUGGGAACUUGGGGAUCACGGCCAUGUCCGAGUGGGGAAGAGAUACAGUUUUUUAUCGAUCCAGAUCUAUCGGAUUUCUGUAGCCUGCAUGGGCCUCUUUUACCUUCUGGGGUUUUACAUCCAGAUCAACAUGGAACUCCUAUGGCCUUACCCUAUGGAGCACAAGGGAUAAACACCUUUGGGAAUCCACUUCCACCGAGUGUCCUUUGUGCUGAAGCCGUGACCCCUGUGGAAGAAUGUCAGGCUCAACUUCCACCCCAGAUUCCUUAUGCUAACACGAUUGGAGCGCAUAACCCAUCUGUGCAGGAAACCUUAGGUCUUCUCCAAUAUGUGACACAGAUGCAGUCCAGCAUUCAAAAUCUUGAAGCCCAACCAUGUAGUCUCCUUACACAGGAAAUGAUCUCUGCAUUGUCUCAGAUUCCAGCUGGGUUAGAGUCGUUUCCAGUCCAGCAAGACGGGGGAUACUACAUAGGACCAACCUGAGAUGCUUGGGAGGGUGACAGGUAUGAUGGUGGUGGCUGAAACCUGCAAAAUAGAGGACAACUCCUCUUUGAGAGCAAACAGGGUAGAAAUAAGGGUAGAAUAAGCUGCAGGUGAAGGAAGUUUCAUUACUUUUUCUUAACCUGCUUGCAUAUUUAUUCCUUAUAAUUCUAAGAGACGGGGGUACAUUUAGGUUUCAAUUGUGCGUUGAUUGGGGUUUAAAAGUUUAUUUAGAUCAGCGUUUCUCAGUCUUGGUGACUUUCCCAGCCAGCAGGGAAUUCUGGGAAUUAAAGGUCCACACACCUUAAAGUUACCAAGAUUGAAAAACACUGAGUUGGAUACGGUAAAUUACCCGAAUCCUAGUAUCUCUAUCUCAUACCCUGGUUGUGACAAACAGGUAGCCAAUUGGCUCACCAGAAACCAUUGUAAACUCAUGACUUAAAAUGAGCAUUUUCCAUGAAGUUCAUGGGAAUUGGCAUUGAGUAAUUUCCAGGGCAAAAAAGAGAUGGAUAGUUUUAUGGUUUUAUGUUAUAUGCUGAUGAUUUUGAAUAUGUAUGUUGGGCAAGAGGCAGAUUCCAUGAGGAGAAUGAGAAUUGCAUUGGGGGUUGAAGUUAUUGUCUGAAUAAAAGACAACUGUU